UGACCAAUGCAUCUCUGUCCCGUCGCCAAAUGGAAUAAAAUGUAACUUCAGAGGAUUUUGUCGAGGUAACGAAGCUUCAGGUGGACUUUUCAUGAAGCUGUGAAUCCACUCUAAACUGGAACCAUGCUGAAAUGGUUUUCUGGAGAAGAGGGGGAGCCUGGCUCUAUGGGCCCCGGCUCUCCCCGGGGUGCUUCCUCUGCUGCUGCAGGUGGAGAGGUCGCUGUAGAAGAAAUGUCAGAACGCCUCGCUCAAACUGAGCAGCUGGUCGCUCAGCUGAAAGAGUUGAUCCGGGAGAAGGAUGCAACACUACGCUCCAAAGACGACCAACUAAAGGUGGAGAAGGAAACAUGCGAGGCCAAACUGUCGAAGCUGCGUCUGCAGAACAAAGCAAAGGUGACCUCCCUCACCACACAGCUGGAGGAGCUGAAGAAACAACAGGGAGGUCAGGGCACCCCCACGCACGGCAAAAAGGGGUCGUCAGAAGGAGGGGAGCACGCCAGUCGAGGAAAAAUUGUCCUGCUCAAGAAGAAGGUGGAGGACUUGGAGCAUCAGCUGGCACAAAGAGUGGAGGAACUGGACAACAAGGUGAGGGAGGUUGAGUUCCAGCGGCAGCGAGGUGAAGAAAUGGACGCCAUGCUGACAGAGAGGGACAGGAAGCUGGCAGAAAAAGAGGCGUACAUUGUCCACCUGCAAACAGCGUUAGCAGGAGAUCAGCCAGUUAUACCUGCAUUACAACAAAAGGUGUCAGAGGACAGCGGGGCGAUGCAGGAGCUGCAGCUGCUGGUGCAGACUCUGACCAGGAAGGUGGGAGAGUCUGAGGAGAGCUCCAGUCUGCUGCAGGAGCAGGCGGACAGCCUCAAAGAGCUGCUGGACUCAGAGAAGGAGCAGUACAGUCAGAAGGAGAGCAUGUACAAACAGAACAUCCAGACAUUCAAAGACAUCAUUAUUCAGAAGGAUAACCAGCUGAUGGAGAUUAACCAGAUGCACGAACAGGAGCUCUUCAAGCUGGCCGCAAAGUCUGACGCCAGCGCAGACUUGGAGCAGCUUCUCAAGGCUCUGAAACAGAAGCUCCACGAGAAGGAGGAGGUGCUUCUGGGUAAAACUCAGGUCAUCGACGUUCUCCAGGGAGAGGUGGACGGCAGGGACCAACAGAUAAAGGAGCUCCAGGAGCGACUGCGGCGGCUACAGGUAGAGCGAGAGAGCCUGGAAUCAAAGAUGGAGGCGGAGAAGCAUGUGAUGAGGGCGCAACUUCGCGACCUGAUGGAGAAGCAGAGGACAGAGGUGCAGCGAAUGACAGAGCAGCAUGAGGCACAGAUGACCCAGACGCAGCAGGACCUCCUGGGACAGCUGGAGGAGCUGAGGAGGGCUUCGUUAUCAGCGCCGCCUGCCAGUCAGGAGGCCUCGAGGAGCGGAAACGUGCAUUCAGAUUCAGCAUCAACCGAACGGGUGGCUGAACUGGAAGCCCAAGCAAAACAAAAAACAGAAGAAGCCAGCCGAUCGGAGGCGAAGUUCCUGAAAAUGAAAGCAUGGUCGAAAUCUCGGAUCAGACAGCUGGAGGAGGAGCUGAAGAAGAGCCAGGCUGGCGUUGCCCCCCCUGACCUAAACGCCCUACGGAGUCAGAUCACAGCGCUGGAGGAGGAGAGGGAGGAAAACGUCUGGAAGGUGGAGCAAUACGAGGAGCUCAAAGCAAAGAACGAAAUGCUGGAGGCUAAGCUGGUUGUGUACGAGGAGCAACAGAGAACUCUACAAGCAGACCUGGAGCAGUUCACCAAGAGGGCUGCUUCUCAGACAAGCGAGUCGGGCAGCGCCGACGACACUCAGAGCCAGGUGCUGGAGUGGCAGGAGAUGGUAACCGAGGCGGUCAGCGCCAGAGACCGUGCCAAGGAGGAGAAGGCUGCCAUGGCGCUCCGCAUCAGCCACAUGGAGGAGGAAAGAGAGGAACUGAUUGAGGAUGACUGGUUCUUUCCUGGCUGCUCCGAUCCAGCUCUGGCCUCUCGGCAGCAGGAGUUGGAGGAGGAGCUGGCUCAAGCCCGGGGGCUCGGCCACCACAGGGCCAAGAAGAUGACAGCUCCGGCCCAGAGAAGCCUGCAGGAGGACUUUGAGUUUGACGGACACGCCACGUUCCAGGACCCGCGGAGCCCCUCUGAGAGCACGACCCCAAUGGAGGGAGAGAACAUGGGAGAUGGUUUGCGUUCGGUUGUGGAGGAGCUGGAGCUGGAGAGGAACCAGCUUCAGGAGCAGAUCCUGAGCCUGGAGGAGCGCUGCCAAGACCUGGAGGAUCGACUGCAGCUGCAGGCUCGCAUCGAGUCGUUACAGAACGAGUCGGACAAACUGCAGAGCCAACUGGCCAGCAUUCGAAGUCAACAGAGCAGAGAUGCAGAGAAGCAUCAGCUGCUGGUGAGCAGCCUCAACGAACAGCUCAAAGGACUGAGUGACACACAAGAGUGUCUGGAGAGUUCUCUCAUCGAGAAGGAGAACACGUUGGCCAAGACGUCGGAGAAGCUGGAGCUCAUCAGCAGCCUCCGAGAGUCUCUGAGUGACAAAGAAGUUCAAUACAAAGAAGUGUCGGACAAACUUCUUCACACGGAGCACACUCUCGAGAAUGUUUCUAAGAAAUGCAGCAGCUCGGAGAAACGGUGCUCUGAGUUGAAGACAGAAGUUGUGGACUUGACGCAGAAGCUGAACACGCUGAAGGAGAAGGCACAAAAGCAGGAAGUGACCAUCGAGACAUUACAAAGUGACCUCGAUCAGACGAACGAGGAGCUGGACAAACUGAACACCGCCUACUUGCAGGAGCGAGCGCAACUCAUCCACGAUCUCCAGAGCUGCGAGCGGGAAAUCGACAGUCUGAAAGAUAUUCUCGUUGAAAAGGACAAGGAGAUUUCCACCCUCUCUGGCAACAUGGCGGAGUACGCAGAGCAGAUCGCGGUGCUGAAGCAGGAGAUCAAACUGAAAGACGAGCACCUGGUUCACGUGGAAACGGCACUGAGUAAAGCAGAACAGGAGGCCAGGAUUAUGAGGGAGUCGCAGAGUUCAGACCAGCAAGCCUUGGACAGCAAGAUGACGGAGCUGAUCGAGAACCUGAAGCAUGCUGAGACCGAGUUGGUCAAGGCCAAAGAGGAAGGAGAGUCUAAACGGACUGAGGUGGAUCAUCUGAUCCAGCAGACGGAGGACGACAAGAAGACGAUUCAGGAGCUUCGAGGGGAGGUCCAGAAACAUCUUGUGAGCCACUGUAAUCACCUCUCUGAAUGUGAAUCUCACAUAACUGCACUGAAGGAGCAGCUGAAUGUCUCCACCCAAAAGCUGCAGGAGUCAGAGGGGCUCAUUUUGCAGCUCGAGGAGAGAAGUUCAAGCAGUGAGCAACUGCAGCAACAUCUGAAUGAUAAAGAGCAGGCACAUGAGAAAGAGCUGAAAUCUCUCAAGGAUGAGCAGAACAAGCUUCUUGUACAGGUGGAAAAGUACGACAAUGAAAUGCAGACGUUGUCCAAACAAUUAGAGGAGCAGAUACAGAGCAAGGAGCAGGUCAAGAAGGACAUGCAAGAGAAACUGGAAACCAUAACAUCUCUGGAAAACCGACUGAAGGAAACUGACAAAGAGCUGCAGGUCCGGGAUUCAGAAAAGGAGAAGCUGAGCAAAGAGCUUCAAAGUAAAUCUGACAACGUCUCCAAACUCAAGAAUGUAUUAAAAAACAUAAAGACCGAGAAGGCUCAGCUGCAGGACAAACAAACGGCGCUGAAAAAGGAGCUGGAGCUGCAGAAGCAGAAUGUAAAUCAACUGAAAGAAAAGGUUCAAUCCGCCUCUGAACUGAGCGCCAGUCUGGAGAAUCAAGUGCAAUGCCUUAAAAAAGAGAAGGAGAAACUUGAACUGGAAGUUAGUGAAAGUGUUAAAACGAUGUCAGACGUGACAGCUGAGAAAGAUUCCCUGCUAGCCAGAUUAUCUACAUUGGAAACCCAGCAAACACAAAACAAUGGGAUCAUCGACGGGCUGCAGAAAGACAAAGAGGAACUGACUGCUCAAACUCAGGAGUUAAACCGAGUUCUUGAGCAGAGCACACACUCAAACUCUGAGAUUCUCCUGGAAAAAACAAACGAAUGUAGUCACCUGAAGCAGUCACUUAGGGACAGAGAGGAGGCGGCGACUCAGCUGCAGGAGCGAGUGCAGAACUUGACUUUGAAGAUGGAGCAGCUCCAGCAUGACGCGGCAGAUAAAGAGCAGACCGUCAGAGAUCUGCGAGUGCAAACAGAGGCACAACAAAACGAGCAAAGACAACUUCAGGAAACGCUCUCGCUGCUGCGAGAGCAGGACAGCGGUCUGAAGUCCGGGCUAACUAAGAUGGACGCAGCGUUGAAAGAGAAGCAGGAGGAAAUAUCACACCAGAAAAAUCUAGUGUCAGAGCUACAAGCAGAAACGGGAUUACUCAAAGAGGAACGCUCACAACUUCAGCAGCAGAUAAAAGAGAGGGAAGAAGUGGUGCAGGAUGUGAAGCAGCAGUGUGACGGACACAAAGAGGAGCUCGAUGAGAAAAAUAAGAUGAUUAAGUCUCUGUGCGGUCAAAUCGCAGCGAUCGAGGAAAACUCCAGAAAGCUUGAGUCUGAAGCAGAGCUGAGGCGGGCAGAGGCGGCUCGCUUACACAGCCAAAUCCAAGCGCUGAGCGAGGACAACAACCAGCUUCGUGCUGCUUGUGAAUCCAGAGAAAAAGAGAUUUCUCAGCAGACGCAGGCUCUGUCAGACCUCCAUGGACAGCUUCAAGUCACCCUUGAGCAGAACUCCAGUUUUAGUGUGAAGAUCAGCAGCCUGACAGAAGCGAAUCAGAAACUACAAGAGGAUUUAGCCGAGAAUGUGAAAUCUGUUUCUGAACUCACCAGAGAGAGAGGUUUACUCCAAGAGCAAAAAUCUGGACUUGAAAUUAAAAACGCAGAGGAUCAUAAAACAGUCGAAGGUCUGCUUAAGGAGAAGGAAACACUCACGUUUGCAGCUGAGGAGUUAAAAAAGAUCCUCAAGGAAAGUGAAGAGUCGAACUCUGCAGGUUUGCUUGAGAAGACGAGUGAAUGUGCAACUCUUUCAAAAACGUUACAGGAGAGAGAGGAAGAACUUCAAAGUCUUAAAGAGCACAUGGAAGGCUUGAAACUCCAAGUCGGUCAACUCAACGUGUCUCUGAAGGAGAAAGAACAAACAGUGUCACAUCAGAGUUCACAGCUUGAAGCUCAGCAGAACCAACUGCUGCAACUUCAGGACACCGUCUCCAUGCUUCAGGAGCAAGGAUCUGUCCUCAAGCCGGCGCUGAUGGAGAAAGACGCGAUGCUUCAGCAGAAAUCAGAGGAGUGUAGCGUGUUACUGAACGAGGCCAUGCUGCACAAAGGUCUCUUAUCACAGAUGCAGAGCGAGGUGGAAUCUCUCCGCCAAGAGUGUUUGGAGAAAACACAGCAGAUGGAGCAGCGAGCGCAGGCUUUGAAGGAUGUCAGCACGGAGCUGCAGAGCCACAAAGAGGAGCUGAAUAAAAGAAACGAGUCAGUGAUUUCACUCAGCAGUCAGCUCGGGGCCAUGAAUGAGAACUCUGCAGAGAUGGAGGGUGAACUAAACGACCUAAAGGCUGCAGUGCAGAAACUCACAACAGAAAACCAUCAGCUGACACAAGAAGACGAGCAGAGGAAAGUAGACAUCGUCGAUUUUAAAGAUAACAUUCAAGCACUGAAUGAGCAGAACACAAGAUUUAAAUGUGAGCUCCAGAAAACGAUCACUGAGCUGUCCAAGGUACAGAAAGAAGGAGAAGAACUCAAAGAGGAACUCAGGGUGAUGCACGCAGAGAAGGAGACUCUUCAUUUGACCAUGCAGGGUCGAGACGGUUCCCUGAAACAGCAGGAGGAUUUCAUCCAGCAGCUCAACAGCAGGAUUGUCGAGCAGGAGGAGCUGAUUAAACAGAAAAGUGCACAAGUGUCAGAGCUGGAAGAUUUAGUGUGUAAACUCAGAGGUCUUGACAGCCUGACAUCGGAGUCGUCACAACUGAAAAAUACUUUAGAGAAAAAGGAGGAGUCAAGUCUUGAAUAUCAAAGUCAUUCGUUAGCCACAGCUGAAAAUCUCAAUUCAAAUCUGAAAGCCAAAGAGGCCGAGUGUGAGAGCUUAAAAGAACGGGUUUCACACCUUGAAGAAUCGUUCACAAAGCUCAACGACUCCCUCCAUACACAGAAAUCUGAGGCUGAGCAUCUGAGUAAGACUCUGGAAGAGAAAGAUGCAUCUCUUUUAGACCAAUAUUCUCUCCAGGAUGUUCAGAGAAGAGCGGACGAGGCUUUGCUCUUCAAAUCCCAGUUCAUGGAGAGCACGGAGCUGGUGUCGCAGCUCCAGAGUCAGAUUCAGUUACUGUCCACCGAGUCUGAAAACCUCAAGGGGUCGGCGGAGGAAACGCAAAGUGCCUUUAACAACCUUCAAGAGAAAUACGCAGCUAACUUGGAGGAGCUGCAAGAUGUGAGGAAGCAGCUGUCCCAAACUGAUGAGGUGUCAAACCUUCGGAAGUUAUUGGAUGAUACAAAUACAGAACAUGAGACGGCAAAGAGCGCCGUAGAAACUCUGAGGAAUGAGUUAUCUGAGAUCCAUCACAAACUUCAAACGACUGAAGAGCUAAACUCGAGUCUGUCAAAGGAGAAGGAUGAAGCUUUGGCUUCUCAUCAAAAGAGCGUGUCUCUGCUGACGGUCGAAAUAGAAAGACUCAAAUCUCAGCAUCUUCAAGUCGUGGCGCAAAUGAACGCCCUGACAGAAAACCUCGAGCAGAGAGAAAUGGCGCUCCACGCAAUCAACAGCCAGUACACGUCUCAGGCCAAACACACGACUCAGCUGGUCUCAGAAAUGCAGAAACUCGAGGAGCAAAAUAAGAGACUGAACAAGGAGAUCAGCUCGUCCAAGCAAGAGCAUCAGAAGCUACUUACAGCCGUCAGGAAGGAAAACACACAUCUGCAAGAGGAAGUGAGGAAAGUCCGUGAGGAGAAGGAGGAGUUAGAAAGAAGACAUCACGAAGCACAGUCAUCGCAGGUUCAAAUGGAGCAGCACUCCAGCAGCAUGAAUGAAACGAUGGAGAAAAUGAUGUCGGAGAGGGAGAGCCUGCGAGCAAAGGAGACGAGGCAGAUGAUGGAUGAACCUCAGCAAACAGUGAAGGAGGUGAAAACUCAGAAAUUGCCACAUGAAACAGAAAUCUACCAGGAGGAAGCAGCAGAGCUGAGGUCUGAAAGAGAGCAGCCGGACACGCUGCAGGUCAAGCAGGAAACAGCUGUCUUGGCAGGACACAGUGGAGCAGACGAGCUGGUGGGUCGUCUGGAGGCUGAGAGGAGCCAGCUCCACGGCUCCCUGCAGCGCUGUGUGUACGAGAUCCAACAAAGAGACCAGUACUUACUGCAGCUCAACACCAAGCUGCAGCAGUCAAUGGAGGAGAAAGGUGCGGUUGCGGCUCAGCUGAGGGCCGUUUCACAAACCCUGAGGGACACCCAGACCCACUGCCACUGGCUGGAAGGCCAAGUCCAAAGCCAGGCUCAGGGGUCAGUAUAUGCUGAGGUUGCACCUGGAGCCCCCCAGGAGAAGAGCAACGACUCCAUGAUGGCUGAAACAUCUGAAGCCCAUCAACUCCGAGAGAGGAUGCUUGAGUUGGAGCAGAGUCUGGCAGAUGAGAGAGCGCGGAGAGAGACAGCUGAGGAGGCUCUGCGACUCGCUGAGGACAGAGUGAAGAGUGUUGGUUCCAGUCUGUCCAGAGACAGCCAGAGAGACUUCAGUAUAGAGAUGGAAACAGAAGAGGAGUGGGACGCUCUCAGUCUGAACCCAAACCAGCCGCUCAUCACACGGAAGGUCAAAGGGGGCGUGGUCCUCUGCCGCCGCUGGCUCAGGGGGCGGAGCAUGUACUUCUCCAGGCUGCUGACGAGCCGCGCCCGCUCUCGAUAUUUCUUCCUGGGCUACUUACUCACGAUCCACGUGCUCGUCUUCAUGUGCCUCACUGGUGCGCUGUAACCAGGUCACGCUGAGAACAGACGCUAAACGUUGAAGGUCGAGAUCGGUUCCUAUCUGUGACAGAAAACACGGUUAAAAAACUGACACCUACACAGUAACUGGAGAGGCUGCUUUUAAAUCUCCGUUCUGACACUACAGCGUUAUUUGGAAUCCUCCACCAGAUUUUAUUUAUUUUUGUCUUUAAUCGUCAGAAUGAACUCGUCAGUUAAUGCUCACUCGCAGGUUUCUUUCUCUAAAUGUUCAAUCAAAGCCUUAAAAGCGUGAUUCUUUUCCUGCCGUUUCAUCGGCAUGUUGUCGACGGAGACGAGGGUUUCAGAAAAUCCACUUGGAGUCUAUGGAGUAGAGAAGAGGAGGAAAGGAAAUGAGGAUGUCCACUCUUUUAUAUGAAAUCCUAAGAAGGUUCAGAAAGCCAUAUCUGUUCUUAAACUCGACCGGAUGAGUCCAGUUUAGGAUCUCAUGCUAACGAGGUUCAAACAUGCAAACAUCUUAAAAAUGUUCUGUUACCAUAACCAGCGCUGGAGACGCCUCUGACACUGGAGCUGGUUUCUGCACCGAUCCAAUACCAAUAGAGCCAACACACUGGGGCUUUGUAUGCCUUCAUUUUAGAGAUAGGAGGGUGGAUAGAAACCUGGGAGGGACAGAAAGGGGAAUGACAUGCACAAUGUCAGGAUUCGAACCCGGGCCACCAACUCUAAGGACUUUAGCUUCUGUACAUGAGAUAGGCGCUUACCGCUAGGCUACCGGUGCCCCAAUCCAACACAUUUUUAACCCCAGACUAAAUCAACUGAUUUUGUUCUUUGCUUUCAUUGUUCCCUUUAUCAGAGAGGACAGCUGAGGGGAGACAGGAAAUGUUGGGAAGGAUAGAGUCGGGGGUGACAUGCAGUUAAGGGUCAAGGUCGAUUCGAACCCACAGGCACUGCAACGAGGACUACAGCCCCCGUACAUGAUAGCUGUACGAUCUAAUAAAGGCAAAAAUGACCCUAAAAAGAUUGUUUUUAAGACUUUAAAGUCAGGCAACGCAACAAUGAAAGCAACACUUUAGAAUUCAAACAGAGUGGGUUAUGAUGUGUGCACCAUGUACGGAGGCAAUAGUUCACGGGUUCAAAUGUGACCUUGGCUCUUCGCUGCAUGCCCCCCCCCCCACUCUCUGCUCCCAGCACUUCCUGUUUCUCUUCAUCUGUCCUCUCCAAUCAAGGCAUAAGAUCUUUAAAAAAAAAGUCAGGGUCAGUGAACGCUGUUAUACUUCAAGUCUCACACUGGUAUCGGAUCGGUGGCCCAGAGGGGCGUAAAAUGAUAUUGGAACAUUUUCAAUCCUCCUCUCAUUAAACGAUGUCACCAGCUGCUCUUUUUCUCCCCCCGCCCGCCUGGUCUCAUACUUUGCACAUAAUCGCGAUGCUGGGUUGAAACUAUGCACUGAUUCUCUUUAAAACGUGUAAAUAAUCAUCUCAUAGAACACUUCUACACCUCUCCCACUCCCUCCUGUUCCCUUUAACUGUAAAGCCAAAGGUGUGUGUGUGUGUGUGUGUGUGUGUGUGUGUGUGUGUGUGUGUGUGUGUGUGUGUGUGUGUGUGUGUGUGUGUGUGUGUGUGUGUGUGUGUGUGUGUGUGUGUGUGUGUGUGUGUGUGUGUGUGUGUGUGUGUGUGUGUGUGUGUGUGUGUGUGUUCUCACCUCGGCUCUCAUGCCUGUUUAAACACAGUGAGAGACAACGGCUUCCAAAUACCCUUAAAUCUUUAUUGGUGUGUGUUGGCGUGCAGAAGAGAUCAGAGUGUGUUUAAGGGUUCCUGUAUUUAUUAGUGCAUCGAUCAUGGACUGUAUGUUUGUAUAUACACAUUUCUAUCCUGUCUGCUUGAUGACUGUACAUUUCUUUUUGAUUGUUUAAAAAAUGUGACGGGUAAGAGGCGGGAUUGUCACGGUGGCGGGUCAAUUAACAGGCCAAAGAAAAGUCGCCUCUUGGCCCGAUAAUCGAUCCAUUUGCGUAGAAAUCCUCGCUUGUUGAUGGUACUCUGUCCUGAUGAUGUGUACAUAAAGGACGACACGAUGAACUGAAUCUAUUUAUGAAAAAGAUAGACUACUGAUGAAUUGUUCAGAUGGCAUAUUUUCUCUGCUGCCGCUAUUUUUAAGAGCGAGUGACGCCGUCGGCCUUCAGAUGACGCGAGGUUGAACUCUGUGCAAUACUGUGUCGGUGAAGGGAACCCUUUCAGGUCCUCCUUCAACAUCUCCAGAGAAUUUAAUAAAAAGCUUAACAAACGUUU